AUGGGGCCAGUUCCUCGGCGGGGAGAUGCGGAGGAGCCGCGACUUGGUUGUCUCCGGAUGGAGGGGACCCUUACCCUUGCUAGGCCUAGGCUGGAUUGGGACACUAUGGUGGGAGUGCUCCGGUUAGUUUGCCUGGGUACGCUCAGGUUCCUGGGUAAGGCUACGUUGGGAGCCCUGAGCCUGAUUCAUCUCCCAGUUACGCUUCAACGUGCGGUAGUCAUGUUCCAGCUCAACGUUCUUGGCAUGAAGAUGGUCAUACUUCUCGGACAUCUUGGUGACACUGGCUCGGAGGAGCUCCACCUCGGCCUGGAGAUUGACCUUUGCUGA